AUGCAGGUAACAACCGUUACCUACGUGGCCUCCACCCUCUCCGGGUUGGCCCUCCUUGCCUGCCUCUUCGCCCUGAUCAACAUCAGCGGCGAUGUCAAGGACCUGUGGGAGGAGCUCGACAACAGCAUGCUCAAAUUCAGAACCGAGACCGACGACAUGUGGCACGACAUCGUCAAGGCGAGCCGAAAAAAGCGCGAGGCUUACCAAGGAUACGAAAGCCAGCCUGCCGCAUCCUCCGAUUCUCAGCCACCAGGCACCAACGUUUUUGCCCAGGCCCCUGGCGGACCCUCUCCUCCACCGUCGUGCGCUUGUGAUACUGAGAAGCAGAAGCGUUGCCCUCGCGGUCCUCCCGGACCCAAGGGAUCCCCUGGCUCUCCAGGACCCAAUGGGCUCAAUGGACUCGACGGAAAGGCUGGGCACGAUUCUGAAGAUGUUGCCCCCGCCUACCAUGAUGGUGGACAGUGCUUCAACUGCCCACCCGGACCUCCUGGACCUCCCGGACCCGUCGGAGCCGGAGGCCACCGCGGAAUGAAGGGCGAGGAUGGGCGUCCCGGACGUGCUGGUCGGGACGGACACCCCGGACUUCCUGGCCAGAUGGGUCCCAUGGGACAACAGGGACGCAUCGGACCUCCCGGGCCUACUGGAGAGAAGGGAGCCGACGGCCGUGCUCCGAUCGGACGCCCCGGACACAAGGGACUUCGCGGACCCCCUGGAGAGGUUGGACCCGUUGGGCACGCCGGAAAGGACGGACCCACCGGAGAGCCAGGAGAGGGCGGACCCCAAGGACCCGAAGGAAAGCAAGGGCCCAAGGGAAUCGACGGCCCACCUGGAGCCGAGGGACACGACGGUCGUGUUGGUCGCGAUGCCGAGUACUGCCCUUGCCCGCAGCGUGGUAGCGGUGGAUCUACUGCUCAUUACCUCGCUUGCGCGGGCGCGGAUACCCCGAAAUUACGAGUCUAUUUAAUAGCAGUGACGUUCAUAUCCGGUGGGAUCGCCUCGAUUCUGCAGAGUACUUUUGGGUUACGAUUGGCUAUAAUUCACGGCUCUUCGCUGGCUUUUCUGCCGCCACUUUUGGCUUGGAGUAAUCUCCCGGAAAAUAAAUGCACAGCCAACUCAACCACGAUAGUUCCGGAAGAAUUCUGGAAAACCCGGUUGCUUACGGUCUCAGGCAGCUUACUCAUCUCCAGCUUCGUUUUCAUCAUCAUCGGCUUUAUCGGGGCCGUCGGCUGGUUUUCAAAGCAUGUGGGACCGAUUACGAUAGUGCCUCUAAUGUCUCUGCUCGCCCUCUCUACCGUACCCACCUUGGAGCGUCAAUUAGGAAUGCACUGGAUUUCGUUAAUCGAGCUCUGCCUCCUGCUCCUCUUCGCCGUCCGCCUUGAGCACUUCCAGGUUCCCAUCCCCUACUACUCCUUCAAAGAAAAGACCAUAGAAACGGCCCGAGCUCCUUUGUUUGGCCAAUUUCCGUACCUCCUGGCAAUUGGAAUCUCGUGGUUUAUUUGCUGGAUGUUGAGCUCUUUUGAGUUGAUCGAUCGGCAAUCCCCAAUCUCUACUAAUCGAAAAAUCACUGAAGGGCUGGUGGCUCAAGCUCCUUGGGUGAAUGUACCCUAUCCAGGAGAACUCGGCUCUCCAAAAAUUUCGACUGCGCUCUGCGUUGGAUUCUGCGCUUCCGCCUUAUCAGCCAUGAUCGAGAGCGUUGGAUCUUAUAAGAUGAGCGCGAGGGUGUCACAACAAGGAAGUCCACCCAGAAAUAAUGUGAAUCGAGCGGUGAUCGUCGAGGGAAUUGGAAGCUUGAUCGCCGCCAGUCUAAACCUUGCCGGAGUAUUAUCGGUCUGUUAUGGACUUUUCACAAAGUUUGCCGCCGUCCUGGCUUGUAUUCCAGACCCACUUAUUGGUGGUAUGCUUUGCCUCGGAAUGAGCAUGAUUGCUGGAGUGGCGUUGUCCAAUUUAAGGGUUGUAAAUCUCUUACUCACUCGGAACCUAGCCAUCAUGGGAUUCGCCCUGCUUGCCGGAAUGGUGGUACCGCUACAUUUUGAAAAUCACCCGAUCGAUACCGGAAACCAGACGCUCGAUCAGGUGCUAAACAUGCUGCUGAGCAUAAAAAUGUUGGUCGGAGGGCUGCUGGCGUUUUCGCUGGAUAAUUUAAUGCCAGGUGCCACCCGAGCAGAUCGCGGCCUGAUCGAUGAAGCAGAAGCAGACGGACCAACUGAUGGCUGCGGCACCUGGGUCCAGAACGGUUUCUGCUCCAACUCUGCAUACACCGACGAGCAGAAGGCACAGUACUGUCCGAGCUCAUGCAACCUCUGUGACGGCGCCGGGACCACCGCUGGAUCCACUGCUGAAACAUCUGCUGGUACCACCGCUGCAGCUGGAGACACCUCAGCCGGAACUACGGCUGGCGGAGCUGCCACUACCACAGCUGGAGGAGCUGCUGCAACGACCACCUGUAGCCAA